AUGGGAAAAGGUCUUCGGCGCGCACCAUUCAGCACGAACCAAUCCCCGGAUACCAUACGCCGAGACCUGCGCGCUCUGCUCCGCGAGACAGCGCAACCCGUCGCAGUGGUGACGUCUCUCAUGCCAGGGCACGAGACGCAUGCAAAUAACACUCAUACCUCCAGAUACCACGGCGCCACUCUUUCGUCAUUUAGUUCCAUCGCUCUGGACCCCCAUCCGCUCAUCGCGUUCUCCCUCCGCAUCCCAUCGCGCAUGGCUACCUCGCUCAAGUCUGCGCAAGCCGCGCCCCCCGUCGCAUCACACAUGGUGAUCAACAUUCUAUCCGCUGCACAAGCGGCCGUUGCAGUACGCUAUUCGCGACCGGACUUGUUUUUGGAUCCAUUCGUGUCGACUUCUUAUGCCCUGACGGAGGAGGGCUUGCCCGUGCUCACUGGUUCUCUAGGUGCACUGUCGUGCAAACUCGUGGCGAUGUCAUGGCCCCUCCAUGACCUUGAAGCCCUGCGAACUAGAGGUGGCAUGGAAGAGCAGCCGUGGGAGGGGGAUGGUGUUGCGUCGGAACUUUUCAUUGCUCAAGUCACACGGGUGGAAUCUCUGGUCCCCCAAGAGGGACGUGACAGCCCUUCCCUCUCGCCAUUGCUUUAUCAUCGCCGCGGGUACACGACUACAUUCAUGAAAUAA